GGAGAGCCAGAAACUUAUAUGGACUUUGGAAAUGAGCCGCAUUCACGAUGAAUGAUGUCGUUCGGAGAGAAUGCGUUCAAGUCGUCAUUUUCAUACUGUGCCGCUCCAAUAAUAGUGCAGCCGAACGCUAGUCAGCUACAGUAGGAAUUUAUUGUUGGAUCCUUCCGGUUCAAGCUGACUACACAUCCUCUAUCAUACCCGGCUGGGGUUGUCAGUACAUUUUCGGCAUGAAGCAAGAUGGCAUCGUCGUCCUGCCCAGUAUGCGGCUCGAAUCAAUCGAAAGUCGUGGAUGGACUGAUGUAUUGCGAGAUUUGCGGCACUCAUCUUUUUGAUUAUCGUGAAGUAGAGGAAGAUGAAGACCAAGUGGUUGCUGGUAUUGGAAGAAUCAAGACCAAGAGAGUGAAGCAAGUGCAAGAUAAAUCUAUGGCUAAAACUGAUUUUGUGGCAUUGGGAAUGGCAACUGCUCAGACUGCAAAACCCAAAAAGCGAAAGGGUGACGAUCUGCAUCAGUUGAGUCUAUCAACCAGCACAAUCGUGGGAGAAGGAAUUAAAGCUAGCAGACAGAGAAAAGAUAUCGGAUCUGGCAGAGAGCAUGCUCCAUCUUAUCUUCGACGUGUCGGCACUAGAUUGGCUGCAUUUACGAAAAUACUGGCUAAGUGCGUUGCGUGGAUUCGUCGUGAUCCUACUAUCCCAGAAUCCUUUACUGAUCAUACGUUUGCUAUCUAUCAGCGAUACCUGUCAGCAUGCGGCGUUGCAUUUACUCCCAAGGAUUACACCGACAACUUGGAGACGAUGUUUAGGGCCCUCGUGCUCAAUAAAAAUAUAGCAUUCGAGAAAGCUCGUGAGAAGAAGGCUAAGAAAGAACGAAGAAAGAAGAAAGGAAAAGAAGCGUUGCAGAAGUCAGUCGCUGCUUGGGAUUUGUUGAUAGGUGAUACGCUGGACGAAAACUUGGAAUUACGAUCUGAUGUCGACUCAGAAGAUGAAGAGCAGCAGGAGGAGGAGACCACCGUUAUUGCCCCAACCAAGAAACCACAGCUGGUAACCGUUGUGGACACUACGAUACCCAAAGAGGUAUUAGAAAAUGCAAGUACUAUAUAUCUCGGCAUGGAUGUCGCUGUUGCUAUAUUAUACGUCUCUAUUAUCACCAUUGGAUGUCGAUGGAUUGUAAUUUCGGACAUAGUCAGAUGGAUCAGAGAGGAUAGAAUGGGUAUAACCUUGUUCCAAAGGAUGCUUCUUGAAUGCGGAGGUGCAGAGGGAAUGAAGCAGUCGAAGUGUGGUUCUUUCUCAAACAUGGAUCUUCCGCUGUACGAGUUCCAACGCACGGCAUUAUUUGUUUGGCAGAUUUGCAAUCUACCGCAAACACCUGCGAAAAUUGACUUCAAGCAGAUCAUAGCACGAUGCCUUCAUCAUCUGAAUCUGCCUGAAGCGAUGUUCGAGCGUGUGAUGAUAUUAAUGAAGCUAGCCCCUCCAUGCAAACACCUCGAUGAAGAAAAUUUAAGAAGGCAAGGACGAAUCGAGCAGGGUCCAUAUGUGAAUGGCUUCAGCGUACCUGGAACAAGAAAAUUCGGCGCUUUACAAAUGUUAUUUGCCUUUGGCCGUCAUAUUCGUCAUCGAAGUACCACAAGCGCCGACAUAUUCUUUUCUACGGAGACAAAAAUUUUUGCUUUGAUUCUUAUGGCUUUGAAGCUGUCAUUUGGUUUGGAUGACGAGAGAGAAGUAGCCUUAUCCAGAGAAGCGGCGAAGCGGAUGAAUGCUUUCAAUUUCAUGGAGUGGUUCUAUCAGCUGAAGAUGAGGAUGAUGUUUUGGGAAGGAUAUAGUCCGCUUGAUGUACUCCAAACUUGGAAGCCCGUGCAACCACUUCACUAUGAGAACGAGUUUCCACGUGGCGAGAAUGUCCACUUUUACGUUCAUGCUAAUCAUAAUGGUAAACCGGCGUACUGCAUUCGGCAUUACCCUCGUGACAGCGGAUUCACCAACUGCAUUCCACGCACAAUGAGAUUAGACAGCAGCACUUCCUUACCAAAUCCGUUCCCAGAAGAUACCCAUGAUGCGCUGUCGAAUCGAAAUGAUGAAAACGCCCUAUACGCUCCUUUGCAAAGUCAAACUAACGUUUUACGUGAAUUCUUGGGUAGACGAAGGACUGAAGAUGAAAGACAGCGUAUUAGAGUAGUCGUUGAUGAGGAGGCUGUAAAAGUGUUCAAAGCCAGCUAUGAGGAUUGCGAACUUGCAGAAGGAGCAUUGGAGGGUGUCAGUGAAGGAGAUUCUUCACCGACAUGGUUUUCGAAAUUUCCAUGCGCCAAUGAUUAUAAGCGUUAUCCUCGUCCUAAUUGGACAAAUGGUGGUGUCAUCCAUUUGAAGGAGAAUGACGAUAGACUAAGACGGCUCAACAAAAGAAUGGGGCUGCAUACAGAGAACUCGGGAUUACGCAUGAUAUUUGCAUCGCGAAAAGCUGCGACAGAUGCUUGGCGACUAGCUCAAGCCGAGAUGAGCCAGACCUUUUUGGCUUUGAUCGAAUGGUCUUCGAAAAUCAUAGGUGAAUCUCAAGCGGUUCUCUACGCGGCUUUUUUGAUGGUUGAAAUGCAAGUUGUUGAUGGAGAAAAUUUUGAAAAGCUCAAGGAGUAUAUGGUAGAUGGUAGAAUACAUCCAAUCAAGACCACAACGUUACAUAAGGAUGGCCAUCGCUCGUUUAAAACUCAUUACAUAUCAGCUGCUGAAGAUGUAUCUGAGGCUCAUGAAGUUGAUAUUGUUCGGAUAGGAUUGCCAAGAAAUUGGGCUUCCGGCAUUAACGAAGCUAAUCCAGAAAAUUGUGAGGAACUGAAGUAUACAAGUGAUAGCACUAUCUCUGAUGAGUACAGCUCAGAGAGCGAUGACUCGAUUACUGAGGAGAGCGAUGUCAGCGAAAGAAGGACUCAAGUUAAGAGUCGCGGAUCAAGUCGCACGGAAAUGGAGACAACCGAUAUCUCCUCUGCCCUUGAACCAUCGGAGUUACCACCUCCAAAACGAGAACCUCUAGAUGCUCAAAGUGACAUUUUGAGCUAUGAUUUUGACACAAUAUGGAGGUUGGUGACAAUGCGGUAUUGGUAAGACUAACACUCACUCUGUGUGCACUUACUUGUUAAUGUUGUAAUUACCGCCUUCUCUAUGC